GUUCCUCAAAUCCGAUUGUGAUUUUUGAUCUUUUAGGACCAAAGAUUGCAGGUUCCAAAUCUUUACUUAACAUGCUUAUAUAUGAGUGUUUUUGUUUUAUGGGGCUAUAAUUCAAUUUUCAUAAUCACUUUAUUUUCCUGCCAAGACAAAAACUUGAAAUUUGGUGACUGCUGUCAUCAUGCCGAACCUUUCCAGUGCAUCCAAAACCCCCAUUUCUUCAUCGAACUAUUAUAAAUCAGUUCUUUUGCACAAAUGGUGGCUAAUAAAGGUUGAAAGUGAGUCAAAAUUGGGCGUUGGAGGCUACGUUAACAGAGAGACAUUAGGAUCACGUGGAAUGCGACUUUUGGGGUCAGCAUCAGUUGGCAAAAGGUGCAACAACAACCUCAACACGGAAACCAAAGUUUUUAAUUCUGCAGCAAUUAGCAAGAGGCUUGAUAACAACACUCUUGAAACAGUAGAUGGCUUCACAAUCACCAUUAUUGGUUCCAUACAUAGCUCACGCACCCUAUCUUAUGGAUUCUCACCUCAGGUUUGUGAUCAUUUCCUUUCAGGAUUUCCAUUUAACUGGGAAGGGUACUUUGGUAAUUUUUCCCAUGAAAAAUGUGAAAGAUCGUUGCCCUUAUCGUUCAAUGAUCUCCCGGUAACUCGGGCACGCGAUAUAUUAAUGUCAACUGCCCGAGAAUCCGAAGCUUGUGCUUUUACAAAUAUGAUUCUUAAAGACAUCCUGAAACAAACAGAACUUGAUCAUAAACAAGAUGGUAGUUCUUUGAAGAUAAUGGAAGAAGAUUGUGGAAAUUCUAGAGAAACAGAAGCUGCCCGUGUUUCAUCUCGGGCAGAAACUUUGCCCGAGUCUCCUUGUGGUACUUUUUGUAGCCUUUCAGAUAUUAAAGGUGAGAAAUGUAACAAAACUAGAGUGAUGGGAAGUAAAUGGAUGCCAUUGAGAACACAUGAUGGAUAUCCUCUAAGAUCCAAGAGAUUGAAGAAAUGCAACGAGACUGAUUGAUCAAAUGGUUGUGUAUUAGGUUAUAUGUUGAAGAACAAGAACCCAUACGUAGAUUUUUUUUUUUUUUCUAAAUGUGUUGAUCUUGUAGUGGUUAAUUGGGUA